GACCAACCCGCUUCUUUCUCAGUCAGCUUUGUUGCUGUCAUCCAGUUUGUUGUUUUAUCACAGCUGAUUUGUUUAUUAUCACAAAAAAAUAAUUUUUAACACGAUUUUUGUGAUCGCGCGGGUGUUGUGUGAACUGUGUAUGACAAAGGUGUAGCUUAUCUACAGCCUAGUAUUCUCAAAUACCUAUUAAACUUAGGACUUGUUGAAUAAUUACGUCGUAACCAUAAGCUUGCAGUAUAUAGUUUCCUGAAUAUUCUACAUCAACCUCUUAGAAGCGUCCAUAAAAAUGGACGAACACCGCGACACGACAUAAAAUCCAACCCGUGAUCCACCAACACGAGAUUCCCGCCCGAAACUUUACUAUUAAUUUAUAAGAAUAACUCCGCCUAAACAAUUUAAAACUAGAACACAAAAUUCGAACGUAAAUGUUAAAGUAACCCGCGAAAUCCGUUCGAAGAGAAAUUUGAAAUUUGAACUCGUUCCAAAAUGCCGGCCAUUUUGACGAAGAUUCGCGAGCAGGCGUCGAGGGUGCAACUGCAGCCGUCAUUGGCCGUUGGCGUUGGGGUGGGGGUAGCAUUAGCUGCGUGUGCGCUGUAUGGAACACGGGAGAAGAAACAGAGUCCACCAUGCCAUAAUAACAAUAAUUAUAAGGUGGCAAAGAAUGGCAAACUCCACGUGGUGGAGAACGGCAAGUCCACGGAGACUUGCGGUGGGAGAUGCGGCGCGGAGCAGUGCGCGUUAUGCCGUGGGGAAGUGGACACAGAUAACAAGCAGAAUAUUGAUGAAGCAGAUGAAGAGAAAUCGACCUUGGAGGAGCACGUUCCAGGGUUGAAUCUAGAGUUCGUCCGUCAGCUGGUGUCGUUGGCACGGAUCAUGGUGCCAGGAGUCCGCAGCCACGAGGUGCUGCUUCUGUCAGCACACACGCUAUGCCUCUUUACCAGAACGUUCCUUUCCAUAUAUGUAGCCUCGCUGGAGGGGUCCAUAGUCAAACACAUAGUCCAGAAGGACAUGCGGCGCUUCGCAGCACUCUUGAUGCAGUGGUUCGGCAUCGCCAUACCAGCUACCUUCAUCAACUCGAUGAUCAGAUACUUGGAAGGUCGCCUGGCCCUUGCCUUCCGUACCAGGCUGGUCAACCACGCUUACGAACUGUACUUCAAGAAUCAGACCUACUAUAGGGUCGCCAAUCUCGAUGCUAGAAUCGAAAAUGCUGACCAUAGGCUAACGGAGGAUGUGUCAGUCUUCGCGCAGUCAGUCGCGCACCUCUACAGCUCCUUGACGAAGCCGUGCUUCGACUUGCUCCUCAUAGUCCUCACACUUGCCAGCUACUCCAGCAAGAUGAAGGGGAACAUAUUUAUUGGUCCAAGCAUAGCAUUCGUGGUUAUCUGCAUCACUGGUCAAAUCCUGCGCAUGCUGUCUCCGCGUUUCGGCGCACUGGCCGGCGAGGAAGCUCGCAUGAAGGCCAACCUGCGCCACGUGCACUCCAGGCUCAUAGCGCAUGCUGAAGAGGUCGCCUUCUACGGAGGGCACAAGGUGGAACACGAACAGCUGCAAUCAGCGUACAAGGAGCUGACGACACAGAUGACAUCGGUGUUCAAGGCCAAGCUGUGGUACGUGAUGCUGGAGCAGUUCUGCAUGAAGUACGUGUGGUCCGGCACCGGUAUGGUCAUGUUGGCACUACCGAUACUCACCGGCACCAAGGGAGGGUCGUCAGAAGACGGCAUCAGCGCGCGAGCAGAGUACAUGACCACGUCCAGGAAUCUUCUCAACUCCGCAGCCGAUGCCAUCGAGCGACUGAUGUCUAGUUAUAAGGAGAUAGUGACGCUGGCGGGCUACGCCACGCGCGUAUCGGACAUGCUGCUGGUGUUCGGCGAGGUGGCGCGCGGCCGCUGCGUGCGCGCCGUGCACGUGGCCGCCGCCGCGCCCGGGGGGUUCCAGGUCACCUUCCGGGACAACCGGCCCGUGCCGCAAGGCAAGAUAACAUAUACGAGUGACCAAUCGAUCCAUCUCCGGAACGUGCCAAUUGUGACGCCCGCGUGUGACGUGGUCGCCAGCGGGGUCAGCCUGGACAUCUGUCCCGGGACACACCUGCUCAUCGUCGGCCCUAACGGCUGCGGCAAGUCUAGUUUAUUCCGUAUAAUCUCGGGCCUGUGGCCGGUGUUCGGCGGCGAGCUGUCUGUGCCGCGGCCGUGCGCCUGCGCACACUGCGCCGACGAGACCAGUCUCAGUGACAACACACACUGCGUCUCAAGGCCCAUCAUGUUCUAUAUACCACAAAGGCCGUACAUGUCCCAAGGCUCCCUGAUCGACCAAGUGACGUACCCGUCGCGGGCGUCCGCGGACGACCAGGAGGCGGAGGCGCGCGCGGCGCACAUCCUGCGCGUGGUGCGGCUGGACGCCUGCGCCGCCAGGCACGGCGGGCUGCGGGCCGUCAGGGACUGGAGGGCCACGCUGUCGGGCGGGGAGAAGCAGAGGAUGGCCAUGGCCCGGAUGUUCUAUCAUCGGCCAGUAUAUGCUCUUCUGGACGAGUGCACGUCAGCGGUGUCCAUGGAAACGGAGGUAGUGAUGUACGAGGAGGCUGUCAAGGAGGGCAUCACUCUCCUCUCCAUCACUCAUCGACCCAGCGUCUGGAAAUACCACACGCACGUGUUAGAGUUCGACGGCGCUGGGGGUUGGUCGUUCAGGCCGCUUGAGAAAGAUGCUCCAGUGGCGCCUCUUGCGCCUGCCGCCCCUGCUACGACAGACAGCAUUGAUACCAAGGCUCUGGCCUAGAUUCACUCCUAGUUCAUAGAAUAAGGAAUACGACGAAUAGAACGGCAAGUCAGGCUAGGUUUCCCCCCCUCAUCACCUUCAGUCUUACUUUAGUCUUCAAUCGUAUGGCCGUCAGACGUCACACACAGUUGCGCGUGUACGAUAACGUCAAUGUGUAGUGUCUGUGUAAAACGAGAUGUUUUGAACGAAGUGUCCGGGGUGUGGGUAGAUGCAAUUUACAAAGUAGAGAACCAGGUGGACUUAGUGUCACCCUUUUCCAUGUUUUCUCGUCGUUUAAGGGUUCCACACCUGUCAGCACCUCAUCGCACUAUCCUAUGCUUCUAUACCUUUCUGUUACUCAGGACCCUUGAGGAGCUCGGUGGCGCAGCGGUUAACGCGCUCGGUCUGCGAUUGUUGAAGUUAAGCAACUUUCGCAAAGGCCGGUCAUAGGAUGGGUGAUCAAAAAAAAGUUUUCAUCUGAUAGAUAGAUAGAUAAAAACAUUUAUUUGGUCUACAGACACACAUGCAUACAAAAAGAAAAAGAUUAGAUACAGACAACCAAUCAACAGAGACGAAGCUCUGUAUUAAACACGCCAGGUAUAUCUCGAGCUCCUCCGUGCUUCGGAAGGCACGUUAAGCCGUUAGUCCCGGCUGCAUUAACAGUCGUUAAUAACCCUCAAUCCGCACUGGGCCCGCGUGAUGGUUUAAGGCCCGAUCUCCCUAUCCAUCCAUAGGGAAGGCCCGUACCCCAGCAGUGGGGACGUUAAUGGGCUGAUGAUGAUGAUGACUCAGGACCCUCAUUUGUUAGAGCGAGAGAGGCAAUAGCGUGUGUAAGUGUGCGGUUUGGCUUUCUCCCUCUAGCAAAAGAAGUUUCUGAGUAACAGAAGGGAAUAGAAACAUAGGUCAAAAACUUAUUCGGAAAUCAUUGGUUUAGGCCCGUGCUAGCAGUCGAACCUGUGACCUUACAUUGAGAGUCAAGCGUUCUUCUAACUGAGCUACAACGGCUAACACUAACAUACAUGAGUCAUUUCAAAGAUUUCCGACCCUGUGAAAUGUCUAUGUCUGGAUGGAUUAAUCCCCUUUGCCUGUCCUACGGACAAAAUAAACAAGAAAAAGUGUCUAUGGUGCUGACACUGACAUUAGGCCGCCAUAUUGGUUAUGUAAAUGAGACAAGCAUAGCUUACUGACGAUAGCAGCAUGAUCUCAUAGCUUCCUCAGGAGUCUCGCCUACGACCGUUUGCAGCGAUGCAGUCGUGCGUUUAAAACCCGCAAUAGCGUCGCUACUAACGCGGUCUAGUCGCAAUUCCAACGCGGUAUAGAAGCGAUAGUAACGCGUGACUGGAUCGAUACAAACGCGCUAUUGUAUCGGUACAAACGCGUGGCUGUAUCGAUACAAACGCGCUACUGUAUCGAUACAAACGAGCGACCGUAUCGAACGACAUCGGGGGAAGAAUUGAGGAGGGGGGUGUCAGUGGACAACCACGUUUGCAUCGCGACUGCAUCGCUGCAAAUUGUUGCCGUGAGCGAGGGCCCUUAUAAUGGGUCAAAGAAAUAAAAUUCGGACAAGCAUAAAAAAAUAUUGUAGUAAAUAGCGAAGCUCCUAUCUUGCACCAUACUAUAUUGCUAUAGUAAAUAAAAAUAUUAGUGCAUGACCAAUUUUGAUAUGAUUCUUAUGUGAUAUGAUAACUAUGAUAAAUAUUAAGUGAUCGUUUUGUAUAUACUUUAUUUCGGUAAAAUGGCUCUACUACCAUUGAGGAUAAAAACUGUCUAUUUCUCCCAUCAGGUGUCGCUACUGUUGAGUGUUCUUAAAUUUUGACAGUUCCCUAUACUAUUUGAGUAUACAAACAUAUUGCUUUGGUUAUAUUUUCACACUAUAACCCUUUGCACAGCGUUUAACUGCAAAAUCAUAGUGUUACAACUUAUAUUUAGUCCCUAAAGAUCGGAAUGAAGAAAGGAAUUUUUACUUAGGAAUACUUAUUUUCAAUAAAAACUGCCUUUUUUCCGAAUGGCUGCUUUUAUUUUUCUUAACUCAGCUUUCAGACGGGAUACACUCCACGUUGCUUCACAGCUUAUAGCAAUUUAUCACGAUUUUUAGCUGGACAGUAUGGAGAACUGUCAAAAUUUAGGAACACUCAACAGUGCUGCCACCUACAUUUGAGUUUGUAGAUUUUAUCCUCAUUCAUUGAGGGAUUUUCUUUUUAUUUUUAUCCUAACUGCUGGAUAGAUGGCGCUGAACUUUGUAGGUUACUGCAAGGAACGGAACGUUAUAUUAUUUGAAAGUAAGAAAGAAAGAAACACUGUAAGUGUUUCACACUCACACUUACACCAUAGACACGAAUUACAUUAUAUUUGAAAUUUUCUUUUUGAAAUCAUAAAACGAAACGCAUUUUUCUAAUAUUUAUGUUUUGAAAAUAAAAUUAAUUAUCAAAUAACGAAGAAAGAAAACUGAACCUUAUCAGAAUGUCCCGACAGAGAAUAGGAAAACUUUGUUUCGUUGAUUUAUUUUUUAAAUUAAAUGAAAGUUUUUUUUUCUAUCCUUGGCAUUUUGGCUAUGGCCCAGUAGCGUAGUUGGUUAAGCGCCAUCUUGAGAACUAAUUUUUUAAAUUCGAAAAAAGAAAAUCUCCCAUUAUAGCUGAAAAUUAUUAAAAUAUAAAAAAUAAAGAAUUUCAUAAGUACACAGCCAAAUAUCAAUAUCAAGUAAGUUAGGUACUUAACACUACCAUUGCACACGCAGUCUUCCUUGAAAUAGUUUAUAAAGUAAAAAUAUAUUGCAAGUGACAUACUCCACCAACCCGCAGUGGAGGAGUGUGGUGGAGUGUGCUCCAUACCCCCUCCAGUAGUAAAAUCUAUUUCCAAUUUUUAACCAAUUUUUAACUUGAUCCAGAAACACUAAUUAUACCAGUUAAUAGUUUAAUAUAACUAAUUUACGCAUAAUUUUAUUUAAAAAAAAACCUAUGUUUAUUAAUGAGAUUAUUAUUAAAAAAUGGCUGUUAAACGAUUUUUACUACCUAUUAUUUUUUUACGAAAAUUUUAUUUUUUUAUUUCUUUUUUGUGACAUAUCGAAAUUAUGGAUAGAAUAGAAAUUGUAUUGAAAUUAUGUAUGGAGAUUGUAUGGAGUGUGUAUAGUGUAAAUAUUUUAAUGUUAAGACACUUCAGUGAUGUUUUAGGGAAUUUUAAAAAAUAAACGGGGAUUUUUUAUUAAUGA